AUUCCAAAUCUGCUUAAAAGAGGAGGAGGAAAAUAUAACAAGCAGGAUCAUUCAUCUCAAUGGACUCUGCACACUUUAAAAGAAGAUUGCAUUACCUCUCUCAAAUCCAGGAUUUCUUCUAACAUUCCGGAAUCCGGACAGAUGUAGGGCAGAGCCUGCAUCUCAUUCAGACCAGAUGAGACUUGCUGUCUAUACUUCGGAAAUUUGUCAGCUUUUGUCUUUUAAUAAUUCUACAACCAUGUGAUAGAAGAGAUCUGUCCUUGUAAAACGACCCGAGGUUUGGACUUAAAGCUGAGGAUACCUCUAAAAAAGAGAGAUAGAGAAAGAGAGGUUGGGUCUGCCAUGAUCUGACAGGUGCACUCUCUCAUUCAUUUUCUGCCAUGAAUACACAGCUGGAAUUCCGGGAAGAAAUGAUGAAGGCAGGUUUGAUGUAAUAUGUGAACGAUAGACUCUUAUCUGUGACGUGUGUGCAAUGAGAGAUAGGAUCGCAUCCCCCCACUUCAUGAAAGACUGGAGAAGAUCUCAUACAGCGGUUUGGGUAGAUACAUUUUAGCAUGUUGUGUGGAAUUAUGUAAAAUUAGGCUAUAUGAGCAGGCACAAGUUUAAGUUCUUUUCCUAUUUAGGCUGAUUACAUAUCAUCCCAUUUUAAUUGUAUAAAUGUUUUAUGGUACCGAAAUGUGCCCAACAAAUCAAAACUGCAGCAGGUGCUAGUUGCAUAGAGGCACAUCCCUGUGUCAUUUAAUGAUUUUUCACAUUAAAGUUUGAUAGUUGAAAGCAGGCAUGUUUUAAGCAAGCAUGUCUUCUGGAAUCUAGACUGUUGUUUAUGUAAAUGAAGGGAAAAAUCUCUCUAAUAGAAUCUGAGUGUGAAGGAUGAGAUCUCUCAGGGGAAUAUGAGAGAGAGCGGGAAGUAAACAUUUGUUUAUUGCAUCUUUUAUUUAAUAAUUCAGAUGUUAGUCUACAUUUGGCAAAUGCACCAGAGAGUUUAUUAUAAUCUGAGCUCAACGGAUAGCAUCGCUUUGAUUAUUUUACUCAAGUACUGGAAUUGAAUUCAGUCUUAAAAGUGAGCGUGCUUUUGGUGCUAUGAACAUUUGGGCAACAACACGUGCCCAUCUGUCUAAUCUAACGUUACCUUAUUCACAUCAUCAUAAUUCUGUAGUAUGUAAAAUUUCACCAGUAUAAAGCUAGCAUUUAUCCAAGCAAACAGAUCUGAGAACAAAUUCAAAGCUACAACUGAGCAAAGCACACAGACAUUCUCAACGAUCAAACUUGACUUUCUCACGGCUGGAUGCUGCGUGCCGCUCUGAUCCGGAUUCCCGGGUCGGACCACAAUUAACAUAGAUAGAGGAAAACAGACAAAGGGAAGAACAUCAAAGCUGUUUUAUGGAGUCCCGAAUCGUAACCUCUGAUCUCAGGGAGGGAUUACUGUAAUUAGACUGCAGGGAUUGGGACCUACCUUGUGUAUAUCGCAGAAUCAAAGAGCAUCAAAGAAUCACCGAUUCAGGAAACCAUGGGCUGCAACAUGUGUGUGGUGAACAGGCCAGAGGAACAGUACAGAAUCAUGUUUCAGAAGGGGAACACUCUGCGUCCCAUUGAUGCGGAAGUAAAGCUAAAAGGCAGAAGAACAUCUCACCUUUCCCAGGACAAAGACGGGCAGCCCCAUGACCCUUUGCUGCUUCAGGUGGUACGUAAGGGUCACAGGAGGAGAUUGGGCACAGCUGCUGGCACGGCUCGGCUCAUGGCCAUCACAGACUGCAUGGACAAUGGCACCCAGACUGACAUCAGCUUCCAGAACUUUCUUAGCGGGGACAGAGGGUCAUAUCCCAGCAGUGGAUCACCAAUGCCCCCACCCUCUCCUCCUCUUGCACAGCUGGUGGAGCCAUACUUGAUCAAUGACCUUCGUUCGCUGGAAUAUAAUGAUGCAAAUGAGGUGGAUCAACGAGAAGAGCUGGAAUAUGAGGAAGUGGAGCUGUAUAAGUCGAGUCAGCAAGAUAAACUGGGACUAACAGUCUGUUACCGAACUGAUGAGGAGGACGACCAGGGAAUUUACGUAGGAGAGGUGAAUCCAAACAGCAUAGCAGCAAAAGAUGGAAGAAUAAGAAAGGGUGACAGAAUCUUGCAGAUUAAUGGGGUGGAAGUUCAGAACAGAGAGGAAGCAGUUGCCAUUCUGACCCGCGAGAACAGCACCAACUUCUCGUUACUGCUGGCCAGACCGGAGAUAGAGACGGAAACUAAUCUGGACCCAGAGGAGCUUGAUUGUGAUUUACCUGUGGGGAUGAGUGUGGACACUCUUAAUACUUCCCCCCUGUCCGGUCUGUAUCAUUACCGCCAACAAAGAACCCAAGCAGACAUUCCUGAGGAACAUCGGGACAUGCCCAUGCUCAACCUAGCCACCCUCAGCAACAGCCAGGAGCUUGACAGCGGUGUGGGCCGAACCGACGAGAGCACAAAGAACGAAGAGUCCUCGGAGCAUGAUAUUCUUCUGGGUGACGAGCAGACAAGCACCUCCAACACAAACGCCACCAACACACCCGGCAGCCUGCGCAAGUUCAGGCCUGGCAGGAGCGGAGGGGGGAGUGAAACUCCAUCUCCACUGUUUCCUCUAAGAGAGCUACACCUCAGUACAGACUCGCUAGACUGUGGCAGCGUUGGAGGCGGAUACCUUCACGACCCUGUCAGUGGCAUGAUAAUGCCGGGCUUAACAGAAGAGGAAUGUGAGAGAUACAGGGCGCUUUUGGAAAUCAAGUGUCGCUAUGAGAAGAGGAUGAAAAGUGUCAAGAAGGUCCAGGAAAAGUGUCAAGAAGACGGGGGUGAGGAAGAGGCCUUAGAUGAAAACUGCAACGAGAACCUGACUCCGCACGAGAUGGCGCUUUUGGAAGAAGAGAUGAGGCACCUUGAGUUCAAGUGCAGGAAUAUUUUAAGGGCCCAGAAGAUGCAGCAGUUAAGAGAGCGCUGUUUGAAAGCGUGGCUAAUGGAGGAGGAAACAUCUGGCAGGGCAUCUGCUGAACCACAGGGGUCUCCUAUGCAUGGGUUGUCUGACAUCAACGAACUGCCUGAGAAAGAGCGAUCGGACAAGGACAGCACUAGCGCUUACAACACCGGGGGAGAGAGCUGCAGGAGCACACCAAUGGUGAGCGAACAUCGACUUCCUGUUUCUCAAGUGGAUGAGUCCACAAGUCCACUACCUAGCAGACACAGAGAUCGACCAAAUUGGAGCGAACGGGGACGAGCAAGCCUCAACAGUUCUUAUUCACCGGGCAGCUAUAAGAAGUUUCAGACCAACAGUGCUAUCCACCAGAAAUUUCACUCACUUUCACGGGAAGGGUCCACUGUACGUCGCGUGCCAGAUGGUGGAAAUACUAGGAUAAGUAGCCAUGACAGAAACGGUGGUCGAAGUGCAGAAUCCAGUCCUUACUUUACCCGCCGUCGACAUUCCAACUGCUUCACUCCCGAACGGUACCAGAGUUGCAUGCAUCUGGGAUCGUCCCUUUCCGAGAGUUCCGGUCCCAUCGAUAGAGCUGUGGAGGGAGAAAGUGAGGCACCGGUGGGCGGUAGCGACCGCGAAAGUCAUAGGAACAGCACCUUUGGGCCUCUGCCUCACCCCAGCCCGGUAAAGCUCAACCUUGCAUUACCCCUACCACUUCCCCCUCCUUCGCCACGCAUGGAGUGGAAGGUGAAGAUAAGAAGCGAUGGGACUCGCUACGUGGCCAAACGUCCCGUCCGAGACAGACUCCUGAAGGCUCGCGCAAUGAAAAUCCGCGAAGAGCGUAGCGGCAUGACUACAGACGAUGAUGCCGUGAGCGAAAUGAAGAUGGGCCGUUACUGGAGCAAGGAAGAACGUAAACAGCAACUGCUGAAGGCCCGUGAACAGAGACGACGCCGGGAGUUCAUGAUGCAGAGUCGCUUAGAGUAUCUGCGAGAUCAAGGACUGGAUGUUGGGAGAGAGUGCCAACUAGAAAAAAGCCAGACGACGGCAUCGAUCCUGGAGCUCAGUCAGAAAAGGAGCUCGAAGAAACGCAACCGACGCAUACUGGACAACUGGAUCACCAUUCAAGAACUACUAGCACAUGGUUCACGAUCUCCGGAUGGGACCAAAGUGUACAAUGCUCUUUUGUCUGUAACCACGGUUUAGAAAGUAAACAGCAAGGAAGAGGAACUCAUUGUAAUUAUUUUUUCUGAGCACAGUAUUUCUUAACAUACUGUAUCAACGACAAAUAACUAUUGUACGUCAUGUAUCGAUUGCAGAACUGGUGCUACUCAGUUUACUUUCUUCAUCAAUGAAUGUCACAGACUCCAAACAAGAUUAACAAUGUACUGUAUUCCAGCUCGGGGCAACCAUCUGCUUUCAUGGAUUUCAUUAAAUUGUUCAAACUGAACACAGCACAUUGCUGGUUAACAAAGACACAUGGAGGACUAUGAGUGUUGACUGAGCAUAAACAAGCACAAGACACACACUGUACACAAGCAAACUGAGCAUUUUUAAGUGAAAAUCUCCUCAUUACAAAAAUGAGACAAAUGUUACUUGUAAAUCGGUAACAGCUGCACAAAGACAAGCAACAAUAUCUUAACUCAUUUGCGAUUUUGUAAAAUCAAGCUUUUGUAUAAAUUAUUGUGUAUGUACAAUAUAGCAACCCAACUAUCAAGUGCUUGACCAGUGUAGACACAAUCACCAUACAUGAUGCUUAACGCUUAUACAGCUUAUUUGUGAUGGUUUACGACAAAGACAAUGUAAGCAACGUUUUAUCUGAAUGUCCACCCUUUUUGAAGUGAACAAAAGCCUGUGUGACCUAAAAAGAGCACAUAACCACCAGCAAAAAUGAAAGCACACACUUGAGAACCCUGAAAUGUAACCAGCUCCAACAUUACUACUGAUUGUACAUUUGAAUACAGCAGAAUGUUAUUAGGAAUGUCAAACCCGAUCGCGAGGAAAAGACACGUAUGUACAUUUUUAGCAUUUUUGUGUUUGGAGUACUUUGAUAAAUUACUCAGAUUUUGUAAAAAAAAAAGGCCUUACAAUUUUUUAAAACUCCCCUUGUUGGUGAUGGUCACAUGACCGGGUCAACUAAUUUUGCAUGAUUUUGACUAUAAUAUACAUUACAGAAACCCACAAUAUCAAUAUCUCAGUGUACAAUGUACCGUGUGUGACCAAUAGACUUUAUCCAGCAUUUAACUCUCUUGGUGUUAGAAUGUAGAACUCUAUGGUUAUACUCAUAUGAUACAUGUGGAUUGAUAUCAAUAACCCUAAUUACCAAUUGUUUAAUGUGCAUUAAUUCUUGAGUGGUUAAUUCAAUGCAUUGCUGACAGAAUAUACCCAUUUAGAUGAAUAAAACCAUUUUGUAUGCUUAA